AUGAAGGUUGCAAGCCAUGCGCGGAGGCGCAAGGCCUGCGAUCUUUGCGUGUCGAGAAAGAUCAAAUGUGACUUGGCCAAGCCAACCUGUUCAAACUGCAAGCUGUACGGUGUCGAUUGUGGCAUCACCGAAGUCACAAGUCCGGCUACUACAAGUAGAAGAAAAGUGCCUGCCACUGAAACAAGUCCAACCAACUCUUCUUCGACUCCCUCAAGGGACGACACAAUUGAGUCACGCUUGGCUCACAUCGAAGCAAGACUGGACCAAAUCGCCGCCGAGAAACCAUCCGGAAGUUCACCUCACGAUGCAACCGCCUUGAACUUCCAGAACUUCCCAGAGAUCCGCGUGUACAAAGCCUCAGACAUGUGGAACGAAGCCACGACAUUGCCUUGCCUUGGCAUUUCACCACAGUUUCCAACAGGAGCCAUGUUGGCUCAAACAGGAAAGCUUGAGCUGCCACCACUUCAAGAAGUCAUGGGCGUACUGGAGAGAUACUUCGACAGCUAUGGCCGCUACAUGCCUCUGUUUGACAAUAGAUCUUUCAUGAAAAUGACGGUUGACUGGUACUCUGAGAAUGGAAGAAAGGAGUUGAUCCCUUGGGCUGCUAUCAACCUUGUCCUCGCUAUGACUUCCCGCAUCAUGGAUGAUGUACCGAUCGAGGAGCCAAAACUGGCUCAGUGUAUAAGCAACGUGCAGUCUGCCACGACCGAGUUGAUGGCCUGGAGUGGUGAUAUUCUGGGUUUACAGGUUCUACUUGGCAUGGUCAUACUAUUUCAGGGAACAACGAAUCCGCAGCUCGCAAUAGUACUCAUUGGAAGUGCCAUCCGUCUAGCGCAAAGCAUGGGACUUCCUUCAACAAGAGCCUCCGACGAUCCCGAUGAAUCAGCACAACGUCGCCGAGUUUUCUGGAUAGCCUACAUCCUGGACAAGGACCUUGCCCUUCGCGCCAAAGCGCCCUACACCCAAUUCGACGCCGAAACUGAUCUCGAACUUCCAGAACAGUGUGGAGACAACGACAUGGGAAUAUUAGAGUCAUGCACAGGGACGAUUAGGUUCAACUACUUACGUGCUCGGUCUGAGUUGGCAAUAAUUCAAGGCAAAGUCCACAACUUCCUUUACAGCAGAACAGCUCAACGACUGUCACAAGAACAACGGGCAGAGACCAAGGUUCGUAUCGAACAAUUGCUCUCCAAGUGGCGCAGCGCAUUACCACAGGAGCUCCUACGAUCAGACAAACUCUUCCAAGAUUUCUCGACAAUCUCAGUUCAUCUUGUGAUGAACAUGUAUAACCGAUACCUCGAAUGCCUCUACAGGAUCCAUGGCACCUUUGCUUUUGAUGAGACGUGGAUCAACAGGGUACGGUGCUACCUUUCUCCAGCUGUAAUUCCGACUGGGGAUGCUGGCAUCGAUGGUAGGAUCAACCAGACAGAGAUCAGUUCAUUGCCUAGUGCAUGGUCCGAUUGCGUCGAGCAUUCAAGGCUUGGCCUAGAAUUGUCGGCGUUUGGGAGAGAGACAGAGUAUUCAACCUGGCUUCAUGCUUGCUGCAAUCUUUCGGGACUGAUCGUUUUGCUGGUCAACAUCAUCGAGUUCCCCGAUCAGCCGUCCGUCAUGUCGGAUUGGAGCUUGAUCGUAAGAAUCCGUAACAAAUUUGACCAGAUGAAUGCCAAAGCAUCGAAAGAGCCAUUCUUUCUGCUCCAGGUAGCUCAUGAACUGGAUCGCAAAGCUUCUGGACAGGUCAAGCGGCUCGCCCAUAUGUCGUCACUCAAUCAUCAGGAAGCCGCAUUCUCUGAGCCUUGGGCAAAUCCGGACCUUAUGUUCCUAUAG